ACAAAUUUUAAGACCCUACAGCAGCAGCACUACUAUUAGAACAGAGGAUGAAAAAAUCAUCAUCAUCAAAUUGUUCUUCAUUAGUAUGUCUUAGUUUAGUUUUUAUUGGUGUAAUGUUCGUUAUGUCAGCUGGAUUACCUUCAGCUAAGGGUAAAUGUGUCACGCAGCCACCAAAUUUCAGUCACUUGGAUCCGAUUCCUGCACAAACUCCGCCUACUUCUAACAAUGAUCUAUCAGAUCAGCAGCCACUUGUUCUUGCAAAGACUGCUGCAGAUUCCCAAAAAACUCACAUAAGCUCAAUUGGCAGUGACACUCCUGGUAUGAGAAAAGAAGACGUGAAGAUAGAAUCAGCGGCAGUUGAAGGUGGUGCGAAUUUCAAUCCAUGGUCCAGAAUAUUCGGAGAUGAACCCAAACGAUCUGAAGAAGACGUGCGGAUGAGUUGGACACUAUUUGACCGCCGCGGUUUUGGUUUUCCAAUGCAAAAACCUAAGAGUCGUGAAAAUGAAGAGUUGUAGUAGGAUCAAUUGAAGCAGAUAACCGCAUUCACAUAAUGCUCCUGCAAUUGUCAAAUUAGUGCAAAGGAAAAGCUCAUUAUGUAGAGCUAUAUAAUUUUAGACUUUUUCUUUUUUCUAUAAGAGUCUUCUCAGUUUUAGUAUGUU